UUUAUCCAUUUUCACCGUAAGGAGUACUUUUACUCAGCGUUCAAAUGCACAAAGCUCAGUCGCUGAGGCUGAAGCUGAAAAGAAUAAAUUAGAAUGGAUGAAUUUGAGUUGGACAGUUUGUCAUCAGAAAAUCGGGAUACUUCUCCUCAAGCCAGAACAACCGAUUUAGAGACCUGCGGUAGUUCAAAACUUUCACCUGAGUGCAAUCAAACAUCAGCCGGUGACUGUGACUUGACAUCUGUGAUUGAAGAAAAUGUCUUUCAGCCUUUGGCCGAAGGACCUUUGGCAAAAAAACGCCGGUAUACUUGGACUGAUGAUGAAUCGGACAAUAAUGACUUUUUCUCCUUCACCUUUCCAAAAAAACUUUGGAAGAUAACUGAAAGUGAUCAAUUUCAGUCAAUUUGGUGGAAUAACGAUGGAAAUUGUAUAGUGAUAGAUGAGGAACUGUUUAAAAAAGAGGUACUGGAAAGCAAAGGCCCUUUCAGAAUUUUUGAAACGGAUUGUAUGAAAAGUUUCAUCCGUCAACUUAAUCUUUAUGGAUUUAGUAAGAUACGAUACGAGUUUCAGAGAUCUGCCUCUCUCGCUGAUUUUCUAGCAGAAGAAAAAGAAGUCUCCGCAAUGAACAAGUUACAGUUCUACCACAAUCCCAAUUUUAAAAGAGGCUGUCCUCACCUACUUGUAAGGAUGAAGAGAAGAGUAGGCAUUAAGAACGCCUCUCCAGUUUAUUUCUCAUUUGUUCAAGAGUGCCCCAGGACCACUGAAAAUCCAAAUGGUCAGAACAUAGCUUCACCAAUUGAGGCCAUCGAGAAGAAUAUGUUUUUUGCAUCACCAAAUGAGGACGGGCAAAAAUCUGUGAAGUUUGCACUCAGGCGACAAAUCAGCGCCACUCCUCCAGUAAGUGGGUUUUCUGCUCUGCCAGCAACCUCAGUGAGACCAUUGGAAAUCACGGUCUCAGAGCAAAACGCGACCCAUAAGCAGCUGGCCCCUAUUCAUCUACCCCAGCAAAGUUGCCACGCUCAAGCUAAUGCUCGUGAAAUAGACGCAACGGCAACAUCUGCUGCUUCCCUUUAUCGUGUUGUGCCUCCUGUGCGAAAUAGUCCUUUUGGGCCUACGAUGGGACUUCCAACUUUCCCAACCGCGUACCCGGAGUUAGCGUCUCUGCAAGCUCAUCUAGCCAGCCUGCUGCCGUUCUGCAACCCGUGGUUGUCGAUGCAUAUGCUAGCCGCUGCGUCUGCCAUCUCAAUGUCAAGGGCUCCUUCCCGUCAUCACCAAACUCCAUCCAACUACCACUGCCCUAACUGCAGUUGUUCCGCAAGUAAUGUUCCAACGCCACCCACUGAAGGGCCUCCCUCCUCAGGGCAGUGAAUAUGCAGGAUUCCACAGAUAUUUUAAAAAUGUCUGUACACUGAAAUUACGAACACCUGCAAUUUUACUGGCAGAAUAAAGAUAAUUAUUCACAUGU